AUGAUUCUCAGAAAAGACAAGGCUGCAGCGCUGCUGCUCCUGCUGCCCGUCCUCUCGGCCGCCUUGGUGGUCGACGUGGACGGAACUGGCGUCCAGAAAGUCCGCGAGUCCUCCAAGGACGUUACCGCGACUGCGAGCAAACUCGACGUCGGCACCAAAGACGCGCCCGUGGACGGCCUUGACGGCAAGCCUCACGCCGGCCCGUUUGUUGUCGAAAAUUCCCCCAUCGCCGCCAAGGCCGCCGACAGCACGAAGACGACCACUCGCGAAUCGCUUUCCGACGAGAUAACCGUGGACCAGAAGAAGGUGUCCUCUGAACUCCUCGCGGAAAAAGACAUUGGCGUCAUGGACGAUCCCGACCGCGCUUCGCCCAAGAAGGGUACUACUGGAACUGAGGGGGGGGUGUCGCAGAGGACCAAGGAACACAAGGCGCUGGAAGCAGAGAAGGGCGCAAAGGUCGGCAAGGUUCCGGUUUCGCCGGAUGAGGAGCGCCCGUUGUCCAACGACGAACAGGAGCGCAUGGGCGUGGAUACUGCAGACGAUAGCGAUGACGAAGACUCGACCUCUGAGAGGGCGAAGGGUGCCGCUGGUUUGGCGAAACCCACAGACCUUCCGGAUACGCCCCACGGCGACAGCAGCUCCUCCAAGCCCGUCAUUCCAAGCAUGCCCAAGGAUACCUAUGAUUCCUCCAAGUCCUCCUCAACGACCUCAAAAACCUCCACGACUGAUGUGGAUUCUGAUGACGAAGAGGGCAUUAUUCAACCGUUCCACUCCUUCGUUCUGUCCUUCAUGAUGAUCAUCUUCUCCGAAAUUGGCGACAAGACCUUCCUCGUUGCGGCCCUCAUGGCUAUGCGCCACCCUCGUGUCGUGGUGUUUACCGCCGCUUUCGCCGCUCUCAUCACCAUGACGGUCCUCUCAGCCGUUCUUGGUCACGCUGUGCCGACGCUCCUGCCCAAGUGGCUCACGAGCUUUGCGGCCGCUGUUCUCUUCUUCGUUUUUGGUGCCAAGCUGCUCCGCGAGGGUCUUGCAAUGAGCCCUGAUGAGGGCGUCGGCGAAGAAAUGAAGGAAGUCGAGGCCGAGCUGGAGGAGAAGGAGCAUAACCUUGGGAAGAGGCGCCGCUCGUCCAUUUCACCGUAUGCUCUCGAAGCGGGCACCCGCGGCCGCCGCUCAAGGUCGAACAGCCGUCUGCCCACUCAUCGUAGUCCCUCGUCUUCGCCUGCCAGGUCUCCUUCACCCUCUGGUGCAAGCCUCUCCAACAUUCUUGGCGGUCUGAAUAACCUUUUCUCGUUGCUCCUCAGCCCGGCCUGGGUCCAGACUUUUGUGAUGACCUUCCUUGGCGAGUGGGGAGACAGGAGCCAGAUCGCCACAAUCGCUAUGGCUGCUGGUCAAGAUUAUUGGUUUGUCACCCUGGGUGCCAUUGUCGGACACGGUUUGUGCACCAGUGCCGCCGUCAUAGGCGGCAGGGCUAUUGCAGGCAAAGUUAGCAUGCGUGUUGUUACUCUCGGUGGCGCCAUCGCGUUCUUGGUUUUCGGCGUCAUCUACUUGUUUGAGUCUAUGUAUACGGACUAG